UAUUUAUUAGAAGAUAAAAAUGACCUUACUAAAAUUUCCCCAGUCAAAGCAUAUCGUUCGAAAGUAUAAGCUCUUAUUAAUACUUUACCUCCUGAUUAUUGCUAUAGCGACCUUGGCAGUACUUAUCAAUGACGCCAUCACUAAAUACCUGCAAGUUUCCAAAAUAAGAGCAGCAAUGUUGUCUGAAGCAUCAUUCGGGACUCACCUGUCGCUCGACCAACAUGAAUUAAAUGCUGCCAGCUCUUACGUCUUCAUGACCAACGCUAUGGACUACGAAUCGAUACCACAUAAGUUAUUUGCUAAAUGUUGGACAACAGAAACAAAUUUCGGUGAUUUGUGCGAGUUUGGUAUUAAAUUAAUCGUGCUCUACAAACGUUGGCCGAAAUAUUCAUCAAGAUACUUACAAAUCGUUGAAGAUAUAAUACGACGCAUUUUGGAAAAGUUCAAAACAAUCAUCCUUCCGAAACAAAAAUUUCCAUGGGGUGAAAAUUGGUUUGCAUUCAGCGUUAGAAUGACUAAAUUACUAAUAAUGUACAUUUAUUUGGGACCUGAUGAUAAUAUUAAAUUUGAUUCUUAUAAACUAAUUAUGCGCAUGAAUACGGACCUCGACGUAUCAAAUGGCCAAAUUCAUGGAGGAAUCAAUGUUGUGUAUUUGAGCAUCCCGAGAUUAUGUGGCACUUACUACUAUGAUAAAAAGCUAUUUUACUUAGAAACUGACAAAAAUUAUGAUAAAUUUCAGAAACUAAUUCGUGUACUUAACAUAAAGUAUAAUGAAGGAUCAAAUAUAAAAAAUGGAGCCUACGCAGACGGUUCUUACAUUGAACACCGUAACGUUGCAACCUUUUCUUACUUUGUAACAAUGUAUGGUUUCUAUGAGGAAGUUUAUAAAUCAUUUGGAUUUCCUUCAAAUAUCCAACAAGUGGCACGUAAUAUGCUUGAUAAAUUGUUACAUCCUGACAUGCCCUGGCUCCAGUUAGGACUAUUUGGCCGAAACGGUUCUAGAUACAACACUAGAAAAUGGUGGAACAUAACCGGAACAAAAGGUGGUUUUAAUACCAUUGCACUGAUGCCCUUUAUCGGACUGGGUGUAUUCAAGGCCGAUGACUUUAUGAUCUCUGUAAGGGUUCAGAGACGAGGAAUCGCAGCCUAUGAAACAGAUCCACAAGCCAAAGGUCAGUUUGCCCUUGGAUGGGUCCAGUUGCGUCGAAUUUAUAUUGCAGGUAAAGACUAUGAACGCACACUGACCUGGGAUACCUUGAAGACCGAACCAGGUUUGCUGAUUCCUGAUAUACCUGGUGGUGGUUAUAAGGAAUUACUUGCUGCCAAACACAGCACGACAAAGUCAUUUUGUUGUAAGAACGUUAAUUCGUUCAUCGGCAGGUUAAUGGACCACAAUCUCAUGUUUUGGAAGAAUACCUACGACUUCCAUGAUGUUUACGGAGGAACCAGUUGUUUGGUAAGUGAAGCUGCCGUUGUCACGACUCAUGGACUAGAAGCUUAUUAUAAAAUUCAUAACAACUGUGGUAAAAAUUUGAAGUUCAUUUGGAAAGAUACCAUCAACGAAUUGGCGAUCAAUGACGUAGCUGGUAGCAAUAAAAAUGGAGACUUUGUUAUCAGAUCAGGAGAGACAAAAUAUUUCACUUGGCGUAUGCUCGUCCGAGAUGGUAUUAAUAGUCAUGUCAUGCUUGAUAGCGAGGACACUUUAACAUUCAAAUGCGAUAGCAAAAAUUACACUGUUAAGUCGAUCAUAGAUAAUGAAAAGUUCGUGGUAACACGUGACCGCCAGCCAAUACUUGUCGGCACUUCUAACAGCGAUCCAAAUGAUUCGACUUCUUACGGUGAAUGUGGUGAUAUAAAAUAUUACGCCAGAGAUCCCAAUACUAUGAUGUACGAUUUGAACUCGGUGAAAACAAAUAUGAUUGAUAAAUAAUUAUAGGAUAUUAUAUCAUUUAUAGCUUAUCGAAUUAUUAAAUGAUAAUUUAUUUAUAAAAAAAACAAUGAAUGUCAAGUAUUAGACCUAAUAACGAAAUAUUAUCGAGAACUGAGACUAAGAGUCGAAAUGUUGUUGAUGAUUGACGUCAGAUAUUUGAUUAAAAAUUUUAAUGUUUUUACUAAUUGAUUUUUUAAAAA